AUGUUUGUAAUUUUGUUAACAUUGUUAGCUUAUCUGUUAGUGGGUUUGAUGAUUGGAAUUGGUGUGUGGCAUGUUUGGCUACGAACAACAGUUGGAAAAUUUCAAUCAGAUGAAACGAUGACAGGGAAGACUGUACUAAUAACAGGUGGAAACAGCGGAUUAGGUUUGGAAACUGUUCGAGAUUUAGCGAGACGUGGAGCUCGCAUCAUAAUGGCAAGCCGUAAAAUUGAUGUAGGAAUGAAAGUUCGAGAUGAGAUCAUCGAAGAAACUGGAAAUAAAAAUAUAAUCGUUCGAAAAUUAGACUUAAGUUCAUUUCAAUCUGUUCGAGAUUUUUCAUCCGAAAUAUUGAAAACUGAAAAGAAAAUUGACGUGUUGAUUCAUAAUUCAGGUUGUGCAAGCACAUCGAAGAAGAGAAAAAGUGUUGAUGGGCUUGAAAUGACCAUGGCCACAAACCAUUAUGGCCCGUUUCUAUUGACACAUCUCUUGAUAGAUCUGCUGAAAGAGUCAACGCCAUGUCGCAUUCUAAUUGUGUCUUCAGCAUAUUACAAGAUCGCUAGAGUUGAUCUCAACAAUUUAAAUCCGCUUGACACCUUCCCGUUCUAUCUUUAUUAUGUCACAAAAACAGCCAACAUAAUGUUUGGAUUAGAACUUGCAAAGCGAUUGAAAAACUCCAACAUUACUGUAAACUUUAUAAAUCCCGGCAUGUGCAGCACAGCAAUAUUCAAAAAAGUCCCGUUUCCACUAAACUUACUCGUUAAAUAUUCAUUCAAGAACGCCAAAGAAGGUGCACAAACGACGAUUAUGUGUUCCGUCUCGAAAUUACUUCAAAACAAAUCUGGAAAAUAUUUCAGUGACUGCAGAGAAACCAGUUUAAUGAACUUUGUAAAAGAUGACGUAAAGAAUAAAAAGUUUUGGGAAGAAUCCAUAAAGAUUGUACAAUUAAAAUCAACUGACCCACAAAUAUGA